AUGCAGUCAUUAUGUCACGAUUUAAAAGUUGAAGUAUUUAAAUAUACCACUAGUCCAAUUUCACUUGUCGCUACAAAUAGAGAUUGGCGCGCUAUUUCUCAAGACCCCUACACCCGAGCGGAAUGGUUAAUUUAUAAAUACGGGAUAUCACACGCAUUAUUUCACGCCGUUAGACUUGGCAGAAGCUUCUUAACAGUUGAAGUUGUACAAGCUUUACUUUCGAAGAAGGCGGUAUUUUCUAGAUAUUUUAUACAACGGCUAUAUAAGAAUUUUGGCACUCAUGACGAGAAUCUUAUGAAAUUUAAAGAACAACGUGAUCUAAAUCAAAUUAAUAGAAUCAUCCGAAAGGAAACCUGGGGUAGCAGCUUACAUAUGGAAGUUUUCAAAAUAUUACUUAUUGAAGGAUUUUCUAUAUUUCAUAACUGUGAGAUUAAAGGGAAUGAUAUGGAAUUAUUUCAUUUAUUAUCGGCUGGUCCUCUUGAUGUUAAUUAUGCUUCUCAAAUACUUCGACAAAAUAUUGAUUCCAUUGAGGAUUUAAUUUUGAAAUACAAAUUUAUCCCUUUUCCAAAGCGUCCAAAGGUUGUUUAUGAAGAUACGGUGGAAUAUGCUGAAUUAAUGCAAGCUAGAGCUGAUGAAGAGCAUUCGUUAAGAUAUGGUUAUGAGAGCAAUUUUCAACUUGAUGUGGUGGCGGGAGCAAUAUUAAUUCAUCCUGAUUUAAUCUCUUUGUGGAAUAAAAUUGGUUAUUACGAAAUAUGUAACGAUGUCAAUGAGAUAGUAAUGCGAGGGGCUCUUUUAAUCCUUUUCCCCCUUAAUCCACCUAAUAAUUGGGAACGUCCCGAUGUGAAUACCAUCGUUACUCGUUUAAAACAACUUAUUAAACUUGGAUUUCAUUUGACUUAUAAUGUUUUGGAAGAAAUAUUUCAUUUAUUUGAGCAUCGAUUAAAUGAAAUUGGUGAUCUAUUGAUGAAUUCAAUCAAAGAAAUUUUCGAUGAAUCAAAAUCGGUUAUUGCAGAGUCUUGUCUUAUUUGGGCGAUUAAACCUGAAAGGAAUCACGAGAAGACUGAUUUGUUGAAAUUUUUAAUCGAUAGAAUUGAUCAACCGGAAAAGGCUUUGAAAAAUGCAUUAGAUCAUUACAAAGUGGGAUUCAGGUUCGAUUUCAAGUCCAUCAAAACAACAAAUGAAAUUAGAUCAUUAACGGUUAAUUCAAACCUUUAUUAUUGGAUACUUAAAAGUUAUGGUCCAAGCUCGGAAAUUACGCAACAAUGUUUUGAUGAUAUUGUUGAAUCAAGAACCUGGAUAGAUUUAAAAUUACAAGGAACAUCUGGAAGUGAUGGUCCAAUACGUCUUACUACUUGUGCUUUUAAUUCUAUCUGUUCUAUUUAUCUUGAAUUUUGUAACGACAAGGUUCCAUUUAAACCCUGUUACUUACAAUAUUUACAAUUGGUCAAUAAUAAUGAAAUAAUUGAACCAUUUUUUGAAAUGAGCUUACCCAUAACAUUUGGUUUACAAUUGAAAGGAACAUUCCCUUUUGAUAUUACUUAUGAUUACAAAAGACCAAAAGUUGAUGUUCAAAAUCAUAAGAGGAAAUCUAACGUGAUGAAUGAUAAUCAGCAAACUACGAAAGAAAGGAAAAAUUGGUAUGAUCUACUAAAGAAGUAUGAAGAACAAAUUCUUGGAAAUAAUUUUGAAUUGACUGAGAGGUUUAAAAAUAAUUUUGAGAAAUUUUGGCCAUUGUUUAUAGAUUAUGAUCAAAUGAACGAUGGUGAUGAUUUCGUUGUUGAAGGUACUUCUUCGAAAAGGCUUAAGCAAUGA